AAUAGAUAAAAAACAGCAGUUUAAUAGAAAUUUGUGGCUAAAUCUUUCGCGAAAAAUAAUGGAUUUUUUAGUUUUUUUCUUUUAAUUUGUUAAAAUUUAUUAACAAAAUAAAAUUACACAUAUAGUUGAGAAAAGAAAAUGAAACAUAUGUAAAGUGCAAACAAUAUAAUAAUGACUAAGCUUGACAAGUAUUAUGUCUUGUCCAAGUGACAACGCCAAGAAAAAAUACAGAUAAAGGAAAUAAAUACCAGAAGAAUUAUCACAAUUAUCAUAAGACAGUGCAGUGAUUCAUAAAAUAAUUAAGCAUAUUAAAUACAGUGCAGAGGAAAGCUGAGCUGAUUAGAGCAGAAGAGAACAAAUCUGUAUCAAAACAAAGUAUACGCAGUGAAAUAAUGUCACCUAUACCAACACCUGUGUAUGGAUUCGCAAUAUUCUUUUUGUUGUUUUGGUGUGGUACAUGGUGUGUCCAUCUAAUGGCGAUAUGUUAUGGGAAAUUUAAACUGCAUAAAAAGUCGUGCAUGUUUCCAAAUGAGACACCGCUGCCUGGAGUGUCAAUUAUAAAACCCCUAAUGGGCGUUGAUCCAAAUUUGGAGCAUAAUCUUGAAACAUUCUUUACCAUGGAUUAUCCAGUGUAUGAGCUUUUAUUUUGCAUCGAAGACAAAUCGGACCCAGCUGUUAAAUUGGUAGAAAGUCUGAUUUCGAAAUAUCCUACAGUGGAGGCUUCACUCUUCUUGGGCGCUUCGAAUGUGGGCGUGAAUCCAAAAAUCAAUAAUAUGCAGCCGGGCUAUGAGGCCGCCAAAUACGAAUUUGUCAUGAUUUCCGAUAGUGGCAUCAAGAUGAAAAAUGAUACGUUGUUGGAUAUGGUGCAUAACAUGGGUGAGAAAUACGCAUUAGUGCACCAAAUGCCAUUUACUUGCGACCGUGAAGGUUUUGCGGCAACUUUUGAAAAGAUUUUCUUUGGCACGGUACAAUCAAGAAUUUACUUAUCAGCCGAUUUGUUGGGUAUCAAUUGCCAUACUGGUAUGUCGUGUCUGUUACGCAAGUCGGUCAUGGACUACUUGGGGGGCUUGAAGGCAUUCGGAUGCUAUUUGGCCGAAGACUUUUUCAUUGCUAAAGCCAUAACAGAACAAGGAUGGAAAAUGCGUAUUAGCAACCAGCCUGCAUUACAAAACAGUGGCUUUUGUGACAUCAGCAGUUUCCAGGCGCGUCUUAUACGUUGGGCCAAAUUGAGGGUGGCCAUGGUACCUACAACUAUUCUACUGGAGCCUCUAUCCGAAUGCAUGGUACUAGGAGCAUUAGCCUCAUGGUCGGCAUCACUAAUUUUUAAAUGGGAUCCCUUGGUAUUCUAUUUGGUACACAUUUUAACAUGGUUUCUAUCUGACUGGGUAAUGCUGUCAAUUGUUCAAAAUGGUUCGUUGCCAUUUCAUAAGUUCGAAUUCGUUAUUGGUUGGCUGUUUCGUGAGUUGAGUGGACCUUAUCUGUUCUUGCAUGCCUUAUGGAAUCCAGCUAUACGAUGGCGCACUCGCACCUACAAACUACAAUGGGGAGGAGUUGCCUAUGAACUGCCAGAUACAAAUGAUUCCAAUUCAAAUCCAAGUACCAAACGUCUCUUAAUAACAUCGUAGCAUAAGGUUUACUCAUUUGGACAUAAUAUUACCUACCUAUUCUUGGGUACAACAUACACCAUACGAAUUAGCAUUUUUCGUCAAAUCAUCGUUAAUGUAUAGUAUGAUUCGCCGAUUGAGAUGGCAGAUACAAAGGUUAGAUUACCGAAGAUAAUUAGACAGUAUUCUUUAACUAUUCGAUAUGGAAGUAUUUAAACGCGUAUUGUAUUUUCUUCUUUUUCUAAAAAUUCGUUUUCCUUAAAAUUGUUUAAAAAUCUUUUGUAAAUAAAAAUAAUUUUUCCAAUUGUUAUUCUAUGUUCUAUUCUACCUAGUACUAACCUUUAUAUCUAUCAUCCUUCGUAUGAUUUAAUUUAUUUAAACUUCUAGGUUUAUAUUAAUUUUAAUAAGUAGGCAUAAUUAAAAGAAACUGAAACAAAACAAGUAAAAAAUAAUAUACCAAAAUGCUAGGUUUAUAACAAGAAUAUUAAAGUUAAAGUAUCUUUUAUAUGUAAAAACUAAGAAUAAUAAUUAACUUUUGUAUAACAUAUAAUCCUUGCUUAAAUCCAAAAUCUCAUUAGGUCCGAAAUUGCUUUAAUGUAAUGAUCUGAUAGUUCAAAGAACUAUUGGACGAGCUUGAUUCAUUAUACAAAUAAAUACAUUGUGUUAAACAAAAAAAAAAAAAAAACAACUCGAACAACAUUUAAAUUUAAAACAACACUCGCAAUAAUAGAAAACAAAAAUAAAGGGUAUCUCCUUAACUUCUACUCCAUAACAGAAUUACAGCAAAAUUCCGAUAAAUAUUAAACGAUUUGGCAUAAAUAUUAUAAAUAAUAAUAUAUUGGCAAAGAAGAGAAUUACAAAAUAAAUAUUAAAAAAAAUUAAAUGUAGUUUGUAUUAAGCAUCCAUCUUCAGAUGAAAUAAAAUACACAUGUAGUUAUAUAUGUAUUUAAAAUAAACAAAUAUAAAUAAAUAACAAACAAAA